CACAGUACGGCGUUAUGUGACCGGAGCUAACUAACUAGCUUCAGGCGUGGAUGUUUUAAGGGAGAGUGAAACAGUAACAGGAAAGAGCUUGGAGAAUAUGAAUGGUUUAUACACAUAACCAUCUCCUCUGGGUGCUAGUACGAUGCUGUGUGUAGGUGUAAAAGUGCUGAGACCGUCGGUAUCUGUGCAGAAGUUGUGCAGCCUGCAGAGCUCAUGGAGGAAAACACUCCUUAGCAGAACCACUCGGUGCCUGUCUACUGGACCAGAUUCACCUGCUGGAACAGAUUCAACUGCUCCUACCACACUGACUGACUCAUCUGAGUGCAAUGACACAGAGCCCAGCCAAAGAACCUCCUCCUGGUCGCCUGACCAGGGCCCACCGCCUGCUCCCACAUACUGCUGUAUGAGCGGAUGUCAUAACUGUGUGUGGAUUGAACAUGCCGAGCAGCUGCUGGCUUAUUACCAUGACGGAGGAGAACGGGCACUCGCUGCUAUAGAGGAAAAUGUCCAUGAUGAGAACCUUAAAUCUUAUUUAAAGAUGGAGAUAAGGCUACUAAAAAAGACAUGACUGUUUACUGCCAGUUAACAUAAAUUAAGUGUUUAUUACUGUGGCGCACUCCAGACCUCCAUAUUUUCAGAUCCACCUGCUCUGGAUUACAGUCUUAGGAUCAAACGUAGUUGUUGUAUUUCAUGUUUGGUCUUUACUUAUCUCCAAACCACUCAGAUCAUUUCAGAGACCUCUAGGCCUCCCUGUCUUCAGCAUCUUCCUCCAUAUCCUCCUGGAGGACCCUCAGCCACUCCCAGACUGGCUGGAAGAUAAAGGCCCCAUCCCAAUGCCCACCUUCCCCUCACCCCUACAUAUUACACAUUCCCCUGGAGACAGAAAGCUCCCAUUUGUUUAGAAUGUGCAUCUCUGCAUUAAGGAUAUUCAUCUCUACCACUGAGGCCAAUACGAUACAUAUCUUAAUGCACUGGCAACCAAGUCAUGUAUGAAAGAUACAUAUGAAGCAACUACCGAUGUGAAUUUAGUUCAUUUAUCAUUGAUUAUAAGUGCCAUGUUCCUUUGCAUAUGUGUUUCCCUUGUCCUGAAACUAAUUUUAAUAUGAUUUACUAAGAAGUUCUCACAGUCCAGAAAGAGUUCACUGUAUUUUUUUUUUUUCUGAAAUUAUUCUAAAUUUCACACCUUCAUUGUCAUCUUUCCUCUGUCAUGAAGUACAUAGUAUUUGCACAUUUUUAAGUUUUGCUUGAAGACUGAAUGAUAGUGUUGAUUACUGGAGU